ACGGAUCCAGAUAAACAGUGGAGGAGCCUAGAAACAUCUGGGUUGUUAAAAAAAAAAGACAUCAUCGGGUGAAAUAAAAGAAGAGCAAGUUUGCGUUUAUUAGGCAACUGCAGUCUGCAUAUAUAAGAAUCAUCAGCUUCUUCAAUUGCAUCUUUCAUCAUAUUCUUCAUUUCUUUGGUAUUGAAAUUCAUAGAAAUACUUAAAAGAUGAAUGAAGAAACAACGACGACGACAACAACAGAAGACAUGGAAAUGGAAAUAACAGAGACAUCUCCUUCCAAUGCCACAACAACAACAACGACGACAACAACAACAACAACAACAACAACAACAGCAACAACAGCAGGUGAUUUCCUUGCAUUGGCUCGUCAACUCAUUGAGCAGGACAGGCCUACUCAAGCUCUUCAAGCGGUUUUUAUGGCUACGAGAACAAGAGGAGGAGAGGAGGCUGUUCUUUCCAUCUUGCAACGUGCACGUGAGCUAUAUCGGUCAAAACUACGGGCAAGUGCUGAAGCUGAUCAACUUGCUUCUUUAUUUGCUGAGUGUGUAAUUGCUGAAGCUCAGCCCACAGGAACCCAACCACCAUCAUCCCCCCUACCAUUACGCUCAUCAUCACCAGCACCACCAAGUGUGUCUGUCUCUGAAUCUGAUUCUUAUGCAAAGUCAAUUUUGGCAGAGACAGGAAGAAAGCAAAUUGUGCUCGAUGCCUUCUCUGAUGGCAGUAGUUUCAUCUGUUUGCAGUGUGGUGGUCUUGUUAGCAACCAUCGUAAAGAUGAACAUUAUACUUACUGGUGUCAGAUUUAAGUGCAUCUUGAGAAUAUUGUUGUGAUGGUCCUGUUAAUAACCAUCGUAAAGAUAAACAUAACGCGAGGCGCUUUGUAAAGCUGAUAUAUACAAUCUAAACAUAAAUUUGUUUGGUUUUUC